AUGUUUCCGUCAGAAGACGUCGGAAUGGCCUUCGCUCCUGUGUCGGGGCAAGGCGCGAAGAAGAAGAAAGGGAAAUCGUUUGGAUUCGAGAGCAUGGGCCUGAGUGCCGCCGUGUAUCGCGCGGUGCGGCGCAAGGGCUACCAGGUGCCGACGCCAAUCCAGCGGCGAACGCUGCCGAUGGUGCUGGCGGGGCAGGACGUGGUCGCCAUGGCGCGCACCGGGUCCGGCAAAACGGCGGCGUUUCUCAUUCCCAUGAUUGAGCGGCUCAAAGCGCACUCGAACACGGGCGGGAUUCGCGCCGUGAUUCUCUCUCCUACGAGGUGUGACGGUGGUGAAGGAGGGAGUGGGAGUGGGGAGCGACUUGGCGUUGGUGGAACCGUUAUGAUGGAGCUGGCCCUACAGACGUUCAAAUUCACCAAGGAGUUGGGCAGAUUCACCGACCUCCGAGCAGCCGUGCUGGUGGGGGGGAAACAUACUUCGGAGGGAGGCUCUGGGAUGAUGGGAUGGGACCGUGGCAGCCCGCAUCCCCCCUCCCCCACGUUCUCAUUCUGGCUUGUGCCCCCUGCUCUCGCAUCACUUCCUGCAACCCCCCUCUGCAGAGAGCUGGCCCUACAGACGUUCAAGUUCACCAAGGAGCUGGGCAAACUCACCGACCUGCGUGGGAGAGGCGCCGAGCAGAGAACGUUCAAGUUCACCAAGGAGCUGGGGAAAUUCACCGACCUGCGAGCGGCCGUGCUGGUGGGAGGAGACAGCAUGGAGGGGCAGUUCGAGGCGCUCUCACGCAAUCCGGACAUUCUCGUCGCGACACCUGGCAGGCUCAUGCAUCAUCUUGCGGAGGUGGAGGGCAUGAGCCUGAAAUCCGUGGAGUACGUUGUUUUUGAUGAGGCUGACCGGCUUUUCGAGAUGGGGUUUGCCGUCCAGCUGAAGGAAAUUUUGCGCGGGAUGCCCGAGUCGCGCCAGACGCUGCUUUUUUCGGCCACGCUGCCCAAGAUGCUCGCAGAGUUCGCCCGGGCAGGUUUGAGGGAGCCGCAGCUGAUCCGAUUGGACACGGAGACGAAGCUGAGCCCAGACCUGGCGCUUUGCUUUUUCACGGUCAGACCGCAUGAAAAAAUGGCCGCCCUGCUGCAUUUGCUUCAGGAGGUUAUUCAGGUGGGGACAGCGGCAGCAGUAGUUUACGGUGCCAUGGACCAAACUGCCCGAAAAAUCCACAUUGCCAAGUUCCGGGCAGGCAGAACAUCUCUCCUCAUCGUGACCGACGUUGCUGCUCGAGGUAUUGACAUCCCUCUCCUCGACAACGUCAUAAACUUCGACUUCCCGCCCAAGCCGAAACUUUUCGUGCAUCGGGCAGGCCGAGCGGCGCGCGCGGGCCGUUCGGGCACCGCAUAUUCUUUUUUCACUGCAGAAGAGCUGCCCUUUGUGCUCGACCUGCACCUUUUCCUCUCCAAGCCCAUCCGCCCGGCGCCACUAGAUUCCGAGAUCGAGGCGACAGGUGGCGCGAGCCUAUUGGCCGAGAGGGAAGCGCAGGAGCGGGGGGAAACAGUCUACGGAAGAUACAUUCAAACCGAGCUGGACCGUUAUUUGGAGCGGCUGAGGGAGCUGGAGAGUUCAAGUGUGGCUGUGGGGAUGCUGCAGAAGGUGGCUGGGAAGGCCAUGAAGCUGUAUCUGAGGACACGGCCGGCUGCGUCGAAUGAGAGUGCGAAGAGGAGCAAGGCGCUGGCGGGCAGGGAGGGCGUGCACCUGCUGCUGAGGGAGCGCGUGGGCGGGCUGGAGUCGGCUGCUGCUGCUUUUGCUGAGCAUCUGAAGAAGUUCAGUGGGGGGAAGGCGCUGGCAGGGAGAGAGGGCGUGCACCUGCUGCUGAGGGAUCGCGUGGGCGGGCUGGAGUCCGCUGCUGCUGCUGUUGCCGAGCACCUUAAAAAGUUCAGGCCGAAGCAGACAGUGCUGGAGCUCGAGGCAGAAGCUGCCACGGCGAAGAAGAAAGUGGUGCGUUGCGGUGGGAAGAGAUGUGAACGGAUCUAG